AUGCAACAUAUUAAAUAUAUGCCAUACGUUCUAUGUAUCUGCAUCUUUUUUAGUUUGACAUUUCUCUCAAUAAUCUCAAAUGAAGCUUAUCAUUUUAUAAAUUUAAAGGAUACGGAGAAUACGACAAUUACAAAAAAUGACACUGUGAACGCUGUUAAGGAACACACGACAAUAAGGCAUUUAGAAUUCGAUAAAGUAUUUAAUAAAUAUGUUGAGAAACAUAAUAAAAUAAUUGACAAAUUAUUAAAACCAUCUAAUGAAUCUAACUUAUUAGAACUUCCGAAAGUGAUUGUUGCUCAACCAGACAUGAAUACAGGAUAUGGAAACCGUUUAGUUGGAGUAGUUUGUGGUUUUUUAUAUUCACUAAUUACUGAUAGGUUAUUUUUUAUUGAUGGUUAUAGUAAUUUUGAAAAUUAUUAUGAGAAGGAUUUCGAACAUGACUGGAAAAUUAUUGAAUACUUAUAUCAAAAUAGUUCUUCUAGAUAUUUACAUGAUAAUAAUGAUUAUAAUGAUUUUCCAUUGGUGGCAAGAGGAAACCUUAGUGACGAGAAAACAGAUAUUUUAUAUGUUCACACAUGGGAUUACUCAUGUGCUCCAAUAAUGUCAAAUCCUCAUUAUAAGAAUUGGUUUGAUAAAAUAAUACCUGAUUAUAAUGUUUUUUCAGCAGUCAGUCUAAAAUUAUUAAGAUUACACCCACAAAUUAGUCAAAAAGUAGAGACUUUUGCUAACAAUAAUUUUAACGAUCACAUCAUAGGAAUUCAUUAUAGAGAGAAAAAAUCACCACAUGACAUGGUGAUACCUAUAGAACAUUAUGUUAAUGUAGUGAGGAUGUUGUUAGUAGAGGCACAAAACACGAACGUAACUUUAUUUGUGGCUGCCGAUAAUAAUAAUGGUCUCAAAAAAUUAGUAGAUUCACUUCAUGAAGCAAUAAAUUCUAAUAGUAACGACAGUUCUGUUAAGAUAUUUCAUUCUCAAGAUGAUUUGGAUGCAAAAAAUUCUGUAAGUUGGAACACCGGUACAGAAGUAGGCGCUCUUAUCGAUAUAAAGUUACUUAGCUUAUGCGAUGAUUUGGUGAUUACAUAUGGUUCUUCAUUCGGUUUUCUUGCAGCAGCAUGGUCAGAAAAAGCGUCUCGUAGAAGAGGCCCAUUUAUCGUAAUGCCAAUAAAAAAUUCGAUCGAGGAUUUAUUAGCUGCUGAUAAAGUUUGGGUAUGGGGUGCUUCAACAAGUGAACCUUGUAUGUACUUGAGCAAAUGGCUGAUGAAUAAUGAAGAUAAAGAGACCGUUAAAGCUUUUAAAACAAAUCCGUUAUGGAUGCAUUAUAGUCAAUGUCAUUGGCCACAUAAUUAUUAA